AAUAAAUUUAAGCACUAAUUACCCUUUCCUACAGAGGACAACCAAGACAGGAUAACCAAAUAGACCAGCGAAGUCUAAAUAACCAGGUCCCCUAAUCACCUUGCGAGGAUUCGGAAAAGGGGGAGAGAGCUGGUAAAAAUAAGAGCUUGCCUCUGGAGCUACACCCGACGAGCUCCCGCUGCUCCACUGCCCGGCCACUUUCGACCUGCCGCCACACUGGCCUGAUGCGGGGAGGCAGCCAGGCUAGGUUGAGGGAAGGGUCAAAUAUGACUGAGGCCCCUGUUAUGAUGAGGCAGUCCCCAGCUCGUCCACCUACUUUCCGGAACAACUCUUUCCGCUCCUGUAUCACCCAGUGACGUGACCAUCAGCCCAGACAUUUCGCAUUCAUGAUUGCAAGAAGUGUUCUCCGCCGCCCGCACUUCAGAAGCAACAUACCAAGCUUCCUUCGCCUGCGCCGUCUUAUUCGCUCUCCUGCUCCCCAGAUCCGCCUUGCGCAUAUCACACCGCCCUUCAUCCCUUCCACCCUGUUCUCGACACAAUUGGCUUCGCGACAGGACCCCUCUAAACGCGCUCCCGAGAUUGAGAGCGGGAUGGAUGAUGCCGACGAGCUGGAGAGACUUCUGAACAAAGAUGGUUUUAAAUUAUGGGGUUUCGUUAUCUAUCGAUGCACGUAUCAAAGUGACUCCGACUGGGAGAAAUUGAUGAUCCGGUUCCAUAAGCGCGUCAAAAAAUACCUUCAGUAUUACAACGGCCUAGAUCUCCUCGCCAGAUUUACUCCAACGGUCUUGGAAGAUCGAUCUUUCGAGGGUACGACGGUGGCCUCGCUACGUGACAAAUUCAAUGAGUGGGCUGUGACUGCGGUGAAAGAGGAACAAGAAAUUGUUGCCAGCCACCUAUGGCAUUUGAAAAAUGGUAGAUACCGCUUUUUCAUCAUGGUGGACCAAGAAGCCUUGGAUUCAAUCCUGAGCACGCCAGACAACGAUAUACACGGAGGAUUCGUUCGUCUAGUCAAUGCCGAAUGGAAAGCGGAGGAGUUAGAUGAGGAAAAGCUGGCGGAACGCGGGGGACCUGGCCCAGAAGAGGAGCCACUGGAAGGGUGUACAGAGGAGGAUGUUGGCUGGAUGAAAGUAUGCUGGGGGGAGUCGCAGACGCCUGGAUAUGUGAUUCUCGAUGACUCCCUUCGGUGGGAUAGAUAUUAUUCGCGGCCACCUGUGAUUCAACGUCUUGCCUAAGAUCACAACGUGACUAUAAAGAGGCCUGGGAUCUGUCCACACUUGUACUAGACAUAGAAUGUCCGAUUGUCGUUAUUAGAAAGAGAAUCUACCUCAGAGAGCUCGUUGAGAGGAAGUAGGAUAGUUAUUAUUAUAAUAUUCAUUCUAGCAAUACCCAAUAAAUUUAAUCAGGCUAAGUAUUUAUAAAAAAAAUAUUAAUCUGAUUUAGAU